AUGGCUUUGGCUCAGGACAGCUGUCCGGCAGGCCCUGCAGGUGCCGCUUGCAGAGAACCAGAGCCAGAAACUCCACCGCAAAGGGCUCCAGCGCCGAAGGCCACCACGACUUCAGCACCAAUGCCGUCUUCUCCUCAGUCUGACCUCAUUACGCAGGCGGCAGGGAAGUGGGAUAACUGCGAGAUGGAAAUGGAGGAACUCAAAACACUGCUGAAGAUGGGGGAUGAGCGCAUGACCUUUCUUAAGGAACUCCAAGGAGCUGCAACGGCUGGCAAGGGGCUCCCACUCUCUGCAGCGCAGAUGCAAGCAUUGACCGAAGGCUUGCCUUUGCUAUCCGAGAUCGCAGGCCAGGGCGAUAGAGCACCGAUAGCUGCUGCAGAAGACUUCCUUGUCACCAAAACGGUUCUCCCCAUGGCCGAGCCCGUCGCUCAUAUCGAGUGGCUGCUGCUCCGCAACCCACGACCUUCAACAUCCUCCUCUCCAUCCUCGUCGCCGCAGUCGCAGACGCCGACAUGUAUAUUAGCUGCAGUCCAUGCAGAGGGAGGUGUUCGGCUGUUCAGCCCAACUGGCGAGCUUCUGUUGACCUUUGAAGCAGGCCACGAGGCGCCAAUAACGCACGUCGCAACCUCUCCGACGCACGAGGAGCACUUGCUAGCAACAGGAGAUGCUAGCGGGUCAAUUCGGGUCCACAGAAUCUCAGUGCGGCAAAGGCGAGUCAGCAAGGAGGAGCGAGCGACGCGAGCAAAUUCUUCUGAUGAGAAGGUGUCGCAAUAUUUAGGUCCCCAGCUGAACGUCACAAGUCAGCUGCAACGGCAGCUCCAACUCCCAGGAGGAGAUGGGAGCUUGAGUGCAUUGGCCAUCUCCAACCACAAAAGCACCCGGGAGAUCGUUGCAGGCGACUCCAUGGGGCGAAUUAGUGUCUUUGCCAAGAAUGGGACCUUGAAGAACCAGGUCGAUGCAACCGCCAUGGAGGGUCCGGGUGUGGAAGGCCUGCAUUCCUUCCAUUCACAAGUGAUCUUCCGAGCCGGGAUGGAGUGGGGAUACGUCAACCUCGACAAAGCCGAAGUGAAGCACAUCGACUGCCCCAAGUUCGAGGCUGGGCGAGUGGCUGCAAUCACAGUUGACAGUCAGCAGCUCUCCAAAGUACUGCUGUCGGAUGAAAGCGGUGCUGUUUGGGUUUUCAACGUGAAAAACCGGAAGGAUUGUGAGUUCGAGAAGAAGUUCCCAUAUGCCACAGACUACAAGGUGCCUUUGGAGCUCGCAGCCAUUCGUGGAUAUGUGAUUGGUUUGCAGAAAUCGACGCCCUCAGAGUUGCCAACAUCAUCGCUGCUGGCAUUGAACCUGAGCCAACACGUUGGUCGAAGACGUCCUGGAGAGCUAGGUCCAGGUGGUCAUGUGAUCUGGCGGAGGCCAAGACUACCUGUCCGGGACUGGAGCGUGCAAAGAAAGCAGCACGGAGAUGCAGUAGCGCUUCUUUCAGAAGACGGGCGAGAAGUGGAGAUUUUGGAGAUUUUGAUGCAGGUUUACACGCCGCCUUCAACCAGCGACCCCUUCUCCAACUUUAAGCUGCCGGUGAUGGCCUGUGCCGUAGUGCUUCUGCUAGGCUAUCAGUUCAUGAAGCAGAAGGGCAAAGGAGGCUCCGGCGGUGGUUUGGGCGGUGCCCUUGGCGGCGGACGCGGGAAGUUUGGAAAGAGCGACUUUGCCAGUCUGCUCAACAAGAAGAAGAUGGGGGGCUUGAAGGGCAAGAGGCGCUGCAAGCUGGUAGCGCAACACACAGGACGUUCCACGUCAUAUUGCAAUGCAUCGGUUUCCCACGGGGCUCAUCUUCAAGCUGAGGGUUCCCUUGAUUUUCAAAACGGAGCGGCCUCGCCACCCGAGGAGGGGCCGAACUCAAAACCGUCAAUCACCCCGCGUGUCCUCGGGAGAGAGUUGAAAGUUGCUUGCGUGCUGCGGCGGAGGGCUGUCUUAGCUGCUUAG